AUGCCUGCUCUCUUCUUGAUCAUCUUGUGGAUCUUCUGCACGGUCAUAUUGCUUGCCAUCUCGUACUCCUGCCUCAGAUCCACAUGUGAUCCUCCGCCCGGCGACCGGACUGCAGCUGCUGCCACCAGUACCGCCGCCGCCACCUCCAGGCUGCGGAGCUCUAGCACCGCAGCCAACACCAGCAGGACAGCCGGCGGUGGCGCCGGUCGGGAUGUCCUCUCGGCGCUGCCGGUCUUCGCCUACUCGACGGCGCAGAAGAAGCUCAACUGCUCGGUGUGCCUGAUGGAUCUCAAGGAGGGGGAGAAGGGGCGGUUCCUCCCCAGAUGUCUGCAUGUUUUCCAUGUGGAUUGCAUAGAUAUGUGGCUGGCUACUCACUUGGACUGCCCCGUCUGCCGAGCUUCGGUUGAUCCUGAAGCUCCUGAACUUGCGGUCUGA